UAUUGCAAUGAUAUAGAUUGCAUCAAUCACACCAAAUUGAAAAUUCAUAUAUUCACUAAAAACACUAGUUGCGGUUUUCCAAAUGAACGAUUAUUGUAUAGCUUAUGAUACCACCAUUUCAUUGCUGUGUGGUUUUCUUAGUACAAUAAAUAGGUUUAAAUUGUGUAUAAAUAACAAACAUUUCAAGAAAUUUAUAUUAAAUAAUAUUUUGUUUGUAACUCGUGUUUAACAAUUCAUUUUUAAGCGUAUUAAAUAAUAGUUUUAAAAUAUAUUUAAUAAAUCAACAUGUUGAAAUUAUUUGCCAUAAUCUUUACAAUUCAAAGUGUAUUUGGUGGUUCUCGUUAUCCAUCUGGCAUGAAUCCAGCUUUAUGUCCUAACUAUCCUCAUUGUGAUAACGCAUUAUUGGCUGCAUAUGUUCAACCUGCUACCUACCAAGAUCAUUAUACACAAAAUUAUGAUGAGAUUCCGCAUCCAAAAAAUGCUGCAAAUUAUCAUCAACAACCUGUAGUUCCUUUACCAUAUGUUGAACCAGGUUAUCCAGCUGGACUAUCAUCAUCAAGUUGUCCUAAUUAUCCAUAUUGUUCACAUCAUAUACCAGCUGAAGCUCUUAAGUAUAACAACCAAAAUAGAUAUCAACAAGUACCAGCAUAUAAUUAUUACUAGCAUUAUAAACAAUACAUUUUAAUUACUGUAUUGAAUUUCACUACUAUCAUAAUUAAGAGCUACUUUUCUAGUUGUUCAAUAAUAUGAUAAUAAAUAUUAUUUAAAAUUUAUUUUAAUCUCAACUAUGGUAUAAUAAAAAUUUAAUAUG